AUGGAGGAAGGGCGAGAGCGAGUGGCACUGAACUCUGUAAGUUUUGACAAAGAUCUUUAUGGCGAUCGGGUAGAUUACGUUCGUUUCAUAGGAACAACGCAAGAAGACAGCGAAGACGAUGAUCCAGGAAGAGCUGUGUCGAGGCCCCCAUACACAGCUCCAAAGCCUUUACUCGAAGAAAUUCCGGGCGAGGAGCCGAAAGAUGAGGAUCUGGGCUUCAGGAAGGAGCAGCCUAUUGCUGCGAGGGAGGACGAUUACCGAAGAAAACGAUUGACACGGCUUUUGUCGCCGGAUCGAAAUGAUCCCUUUCUUUCGGGGGACAAGACUCCACACCCGAGCACCAGGACUUACACGGAGGUCAUGCGUGACGAGAAGCUCAAGCGGGAUACGCAAGAGACUUUCCAGCAAAUCGCGAAGAUCGAACUGGAGAAAGAAAAGGAUCUGGCCGAGAAAAGGAAACUGGAGAAGGGGAAACAACCAGCUGGUUCUAAACGAAAGAGAGAGGAGGACUCGGGUGCUGUUGUGAAGAAGGCCAAAGGAUGGGAUGAUCCAGAUGGUCCCUCGAGCUCGGCUCCAAGUGCCUUCGAUGAGACUCCGAGGAGAACAAGAUGGGAUGAAACUCCGAUAGCAACAUCGAGAAGAGAGCGUUCUCGUUGGGACGAUAGAACUCCGGUGACAAAGGUGGCUGAUCAAACUCCCGUGAUUUACACUCAGACCCCGGUGGGAGGAGUGGGCUUGCAAACUCCGAGCGAGGGGAAGAUCAUGGCAGCGCGGAUGACUUCGGGGCUUUACGAACUCUUGAGCGACGAGGACUUGGAUGCGAUGCUACCAAGUGAAGGAUACAAGGUGUUGGAAGCUCCCGCGAGUUAUGUUCCUAUCAGAACUCCUGCGAGGAAGCUUGUGGCAACUCCAACUCCAGUUCCCGGGUAUGCUAUCCCUGAGGAGGAUCGCAGCCAGGAGUAUGGUGUUUUGAAGGAAACUCCGGAUGGUUUGCCGAUGAAGGCCGAGGACGUCCAGUACUUUGGGAAGCUCCUGGGCAAGGAGAAAGAGGAAGAUAUGUCUCCAGAUGAGAUCACUGAGAGGAAGAUCAUGAAGCUGCUACUCAAGGUGAAGAACGGCACGCCUCCGCAGAGGAAGUCGGCUAUGAGACAGCUGACUGACAGGGCUCGGGAGUUUGGAGCUGGCCCGCUUUUCAACCAGAUACUCCCGCUGCUCAUGUCUCCGGCACUCGAAGAUCAAGAGCGCCACCUUCUCGUCAAGGUGAUCGACCGGGUUUUGUACAAACUGGACGAGCUCGUGAGGCCGUAUGUUCACAAGCUCCUUGUCGUGAUCGAGCCGCUCCUCAUCGACGAAGACUACUACGCUCGAGUCGAGGGACGAGAAAUCAUCUCCAACUUGAGCAAGGCAGCCGGGCUUGUAACCAUGAUCACGGCGUUGAGGCCUGAUCUCGACAACACUUGCGACUACGUGAGAAACACAACGGCCCGUGCGUUCAGCGUGGUGGCAUCGGCACUCGGGAUCCAGUCGCUGCUCCCGUUUCUAAAGGCGGUGUGCGUGAGUAAGAAGUCUUGGCAGGCACGGCACACGGGGAUCAAGACUGUGCAGCAGAUCGCCAUUCUCAUGGGCUGUGCCGUGCUUCCACACCUGACUUCACUCGUGGAGAUCGUCAAGCACGGCCUGGACGAUGAGAACCAAAAGGUGAAGGUGAUCACGGCCUUGGCUCUGGCCGCUCUUGCCGAGGGUGCAGAGCCUUAUGGGAUCGAGAGCUUCGACUCGGUUAUGAUACCUCUAUUCCAAGGAUUGGGGAAACACAAGGGGAAAGUUUUGGCCGCUUUUCUCAAGGCUAUGGGGCGUAUAGUCCCACUGAUGAGCGCCGAGCAUGCAAGUUUCUUCAUCAAGAAUGUCAUGCCUGUCGCGAUCAAACAGUUCGAGUCACCCGACGAGGAGAUGAAGAAGAUUGUUCUGAAGGUGGUGAAACAGUGUGUUGCCACUGAUGGUGUGGAGGCUGACUACGUCCGGCAGGAAAUCCUCCCCAAGUUUUUCCAGUAUUUCUGGAAGCGACAGAUGGCGCUGGACAGGAGGAACUACAGGCUGGUUGUGGAGGCCACGGUGGAGAUCGCGAACAAGGUUGGAGCUGCUGAUAUAGCUGAAAAGAUGGAGGAAGGUUUGAAGGACAGCAGCGAGGAGUACAGGAAGAUGGCUGUGGAGACGAUCGAUAAAGUCCUGUCGCAGCUGGGAGCUUCCGGGGUCGACAGCCGAAUGGAGCAGCUCCUGGUUGACGGGAUGAUAUACGCGUUCCAGGAGCAGCCGGAGACGAGCAACGGUACGAUCAUACUCAAUGGUUUUGGAGCACUGGUUCACGCACUGGGAUCGCGAGCGAGGCCUUACUUACCACAGGUAUGCGGGAUGAUCAAGUGGAGGCUCGGCAACAAAUCCGCCAGAGUUCGUCAGCAGGCAGCCGACUUGAUCGCUCGCAUCGCGCCGGCCAUGCUCGAGUGCCAAGAGGAGCAGCUCCUGGCACACCUCGGAGUGGUCCUCUACGAGUCCCUCGGGGAGGAGUACCCGGAAGUUCUCGCCUCCAUCAUCGGAGCUCUCAAAGCCGUCGUGAAUGGCAUCGGCAUGACGAGGAUGACGCCUCCCAUCAAGGACUUGCUGCCUCGCCUUGCUCCCAUCCUCAAGAACAGGCACGAGAAAGUCCAGGAGAGCUGCAUCGAUCUGGUGGGACGGAUCGCGGACCGUGGCGCCGCCUUCGUCCCGGCGAGAGAAUGGAUGCGGAUAUGUUUCCAGCUCCUGGAGCUGCUCAAGGCGCACAAGAAGUCGGUCCGGCGAGCAGCAGUGAACACUUUCGGCUACGUUGCUCAAGCCAUUGGUCCUCAAGACGUGCUCGCGGCGCUGCUUGACAACCUGCGAGUCCAGGAGCGGCAGAACCGGGUGUGCACGGCAGUGGCCAUCGCCAUCGUCGCGGAGACUUGCAAGCCUUUCACGGUGCUGCCGGCGCUCAUGAACGAGUACCGUGUCCCGGAGCUCAACGUCCAGAACGGGGUGCUCAAGGCGCUCUCGUUCUUGUUCGAGUACAUCGGCGAGGUGGGGAGGGACUACGUCUACGCCGUGACGCCGCUGCUCGAGGACGCGCUCAUGGACAGGGAUCUGGUGCACAGGCAGACGGCGGCAUCGGUGGUGAAGCACUUGGCUCUCGGGGUGGCGAACUUGGGCUGCGAGGACGCGCUGCUUCAUCUCUUGAAUUGCCUGUGGCCGAAUGUGUUUGAGACGUCGCUGCAUGUCGCGAGUGCGGUGAUGGAGGCGAUCGAGGCGCUGAGGGUGGCGUUGGGACCUGUGGUUAUACUGAGCUACUGCUUGCAGGGGAUGUUCCAUCCGGCAAGGAAGGUGAGGGAGGUGUACUGGAGGAUCUACAAUGGCUUGUAUGUUGGGUCACAGGAUUGUCUGGUCGCUGCUUAUCCUGUUAUUGAGGAUGUGGGGAGGAAUGUGUACAGUACUAGGCCUGAACUUUAUAUGUUUGUGUGAGUGUUUAUGCUUUUAGCAGCAACGCUCUUAAGAUGAAAAGAAGCGAAGAUGUCCCUGGUCUCUGAUCAGAAAAGGUUUGUAAUAAAGGA